AUGAGCAAACCUUCUUUGAAUACCAGUUUAGUUUCAGUGCUACACAACGAUAAAUAUGGUUCGAGCGUUCCACCGCUCUACCAGUCAACCACAUUCAAAGCUACGUCUUUUGAUGAGCUCCAGGAGUAUGACUAUACAAGGUCUGGUAACCCCACCAGAACAGUUCUUCAACAACAAAUUGCUAACCUCUACGAGGUAAACCAAGAACAAGUUUUCGCUGUUUCGAGCGGGAUGACUGCACUGGAUAUCAUAUUGAGAACUUUGAUAGAUAAUUCGGACCAAAUCCCCACCAUUAUUGCGGGCGACGACUUGUACGGAGGUACACAGCGUCUCUUGACGUUUUUACAAACAAGAAACCACGCCAAAGUUGUCCACACAGACACGACUAACACAGCCUCAUUUAUCGAGUUGUUCAAGUCGCUGCCCCGCGUCGAUAUCGUGUUACUCGAAUCCCCCACAAAUCCUUUACUUAAGGUGGCCGAUUUGCCAGCACUAUGCCACUUUGUGAAGCAAGCCACGAAUGACAGCUGCAAAAUCGUUGUGGAUAACACUAUGAUGUCAGGGUUGAACUCAAACCCCUUGCAAUUUGGCGCUGAUUUGGUAUACGAGUCCGGAACUAAAUACUUAAACGGCCACCACGAUAUCAUGGCAGGUGUGAUUAUUGCCAAAAAAGACGUCGCACCUAGUGUAUAUUUUGUGAUCAAUAGCACUGGUGCUGGUUUGUCCCCAAUGGAUUCGUGGCUUUUGAUCCGUGGACUAAAGACCUUGAGCGUACGGCUAUACAAGCAGCAAAUAAACGCCAUGGUGCUUUCCCACUGGUUGCAGGACGUAUGUGGGUUCAAGCCAAAUGCUGCCGAAAAGGAGAAACCACAAUUAAGAACACGGUUCGUAGGUCUCAAAUCUCAUCCCCAAUUCCAACUACAUCAGAGUUUCAACCGUGGUCCAGGAGCCGUGCUCUCCAUAGAAACAGGAGACGUCAAAUUAAGUGAGCGCAUCGUCACAUCAAAACGCCUCAAAAUCUGGGCCGUGACCGUCUCCUUUGGAUGCGUCAAUUCAUUAAUCUCAAUGCCAUGCAAAAUGUCACACGCUUCCAUCGACCCAGAGGUCAGAAAACAGAGAGAGUUCCCAGAAGACUUGAUAAGAUUGUGCUGUGGGAUAGAAGAUGUCAAGGAUUUACAGUACGACUUGCUAGCAGCAUUCGAAGAAGCCGGACUUGUCGAAUUGCAACAAAGAGGUCAAGACACUUACAUUUUGAACAAGCAAAACGGCCAUUUGGCAAGAAAUAACAUCGGUGAGACUUACCAGGAAAACUACAACGUUUACGACCAAUUCUUCGGCCAGAAUAUUGUUUCAAAGACCCGUCAUCUUCACAGGCCUAAGCUAUAG